AUGUCUAUCAGAUACGAAUCAUCUAGCUCUGACGCUUCUCCUCUUGGAAAGCCUCUCAAAUAUGAAUUUUCCGGCAAAGUUGCACGUAAUCGAUUUUUGAAGGGAGCCAUGACUGAACGUCAAUCAUCAUGGGACCCAAGGGACUUCAAAUCUAGAGGAAUUCCAUCCACAAACCUCGUCAAUGUCUACAAGAGAUGGGGUGAGGGAGAAUAUGGACAAAUCUUGACUGGAAACGUUAUGAUUGAAUAUGACCAUUUGGAAGCUAUGGGUAACCCAAUUAUUCCACUAGAGGCUCCAUUCGAAGGAGAAAGAUUCGAAAGAUUCUCAGCAAUGGCAAAGGCAGGAAAAGCCCAUGGAAGUUUAAUGGUUGCACAAGUCAGUCAUCCUGGACGCCAGGUCGAGAACAGGAUCCAACCAAAUCCUAUUUCUGCCAGUGAUAUUCAAUUAGAAGGAAACCCUAUGGGAUUGACAUUCAAUAAGCCACGUCCAGCAACUCAAGAUGAUAUCAACAGUAUAGUCGACAAGUUCGCUCACGCAGCAGAAUACCUCGAGAAAGCCGGUUUUGAUGGCAUUCAACUCCAUGGUGCCCAUGGUUACCUCCUCGCUCAAUUCCUCUCCAAGACUACAAACAAGAGAACCGACAAAUAUGGUGGCUCGCUCGAGAACAGAUUCCGUAUCAUUCAAGAAAUUGCAGAUGAAAUCCACAAGAGAGUCAAGCCAGAUUUCAUUGUUGGCAUCAAGAUGAACAGUGUUGAGUUCCAAGAAGAUGGUUUCACACCUGAAGAUGCUAAGGCUGCUUGUCAAGCACUUGAGGGUUCACGAUUUGAUUACGUUGAACUUUCCGGCGGAACAUACCAAGAAACUGCUUUUGUUCACAAGCGUGAGUCAACUAAGAAGAGAGAGAAUUUCUUCAUUGAAUUUGCAGAGGAGAUUGUCAAGCCUUUGACCAAGACCAAGACAUAUGUUACUGGUGGAUUCAAGACUGUUGGUGCUAUGGUUUCCGCAUUGGAUACCGUUGAUGGUGUUGGUAUUGCACGACCUGCAGCUCAAGAGUUCAGGCUUCCAAAGGAUAUCUUGGAGGGAAGAGUUACUGGUGCUAAGAAGAUGGCUGUGGAUGAAAAUGAUUUCCUAUUCACCAACAUUGCGGCCGGUACCCAAAUGAGACAAGUUGGAAAGGAUCAGGAACCUAUUGAUUUGAGCAUUGAAAAGAAUGUAGAGAUCUUCAAGAAAGAGAUGGGUAUUUGGGGCGCAAAGAUGGCUGCUGAUAAAGAGUGUAAAGAGUAUGGGUUCAUUGAUUGGACCCAGGAGGCUCAACCAUACGGAGUUUACUGA